AUGGUAUCAACAGGUCCUACAGCAGAUGAUUUAGACGAUGGUUUAGAAUAUGAUGUAGAGUUUUCAGAUACUGAACAAUCAGGUGUGCCUUUAGAAGAAGAUGGUUUUGAAAAUGAUGCUGAUGAUGAUGAAGAUUCAGAAAUCAAUAAUGGAUCAGAAAUAUCAUCUAAACGUAAACGAAAACCGGAGUCUAAUUUCAAAGAAAAAAAGAAGCAAAAAAUGGAAUUAGAUAUGGAAACUAAGAAGAAUAUGUCAUUAGAAUCAAAUCCAGAAAUAAUUACUGAAUAUAUAAAUAAUAAAAUACGUAAAAAAAAUAUCAAAUUAUCGGCAUUGGAGUUAACUGAAUUAUAUUUUAAUAAAUCAGAUAUAAGAUCAAGUUCAGAUUUUAAAGAGACAAGAAAUUUAGAUAAUUUAUCAAAAUUCAUAAUUUCAAAAUUUAGUAAUAUAUUACCAAGUGGAAAAUCAAACAAAAAUAAAAAGUCAAAAAAGAAAGGUAAGAAUUUUAAUGGGGAAGCACAAUAUACAGAAGAUUCAGAAGGAGAGAAAGAUAGGAAAUUCAUUGCUGUUGUGUCAAUGUCUGCAAUAAGAGCUUGUGAUAUUCAUAGAGCUACUAAAGAUUUACCAGGGUCAUCUUUGAAAUUAAUUAACAAGAAUAAGCUUGAGGUCGAUUUAAAAUUGGUCAAAACUACCAAGGCAAGAAUUUUAUGCUGUACUCCAGGAAGAAUAAUCAAAGUAUUGAAUAAUGAAGAUGCAGAAUUAAAGAAAUCAGAAAUAAAAAUCAUUAUAAUUGAUAAUUCAUAUUUAGAUAAAAAGAAACAAAAUAUCUGGGAUAUACCAGAAUCAUUCCAAACAUUAAAAGAGUUAACUAGAGAUGGAUCAAAAUUAUAUUUAUAUUAA